UGACUGAUAGUUGGCAACAUCAUUGUGCAUAAUGCAUGUGCUGGUGUGCGUCUUAAUACUAUCAGCGGUGGUGGUCGCUCAGAAAGAAUUGCAUUAUGUGAGCGGCCGCGAUGGAAUGGUGCAUCUCUUCGAAUGGAAAUGGCCAGAUAUUGCAACGGAGUGCGAAAAUUUUCUGAGUCGUAGAGGGUUCGGCGGUGUGCAGGUUUCUCCGAUACAAGAAAACGUGAUUAUAGACAACAGACCAUGGUGGGAGCGCUAUCAGCCUAUAUCUUACAAGUGGAGUACGAGAUCGGGUACACCGGACCAAUUCAAAGAUAUGGUUCGCAGAUGUAACAAAGCCGGUGUAAGAAUUUACGUCGACGUGGUAUUCAACCACAUGACCGGCGAUCACAAAGACGCAAAGGGUACCGGCAAUUCGACAGCAAAUACAUACGACUUCAGCUAUCAGGCAGUACCGUACUCUCGAUAUGAUUUUCACACACCCUGCGCCAUUGACAAUUACCAGGACGCGACGAACGUGCGGAACUGCGAAUUGGUUGGUCUGCACGAUCUAGAUCAGUCGAAAGAAUAUGUCAGGCAGAAAAUCGUCACCUUCUUGAACAAGGCCAUCGACGUAGGAGUGGCCGGUUUUCGAGUAGACGCAGCUAAGCAUAUGUGGCCGAAUGAUUUAAAAGAGAUUUACUCUCGGCUGAAGAAUCUCAAUUCCGAAUAUUUUGACGCAAAUGCGCGACCUUACAUAUUUCAAGAGGUGAUCGAUUACGGUGGUGAAGCAAUCAGCAAAUACGAAUACAACAGUUUUGCUGCGGUGACAGAAUUUCGACAUGGCAAGGAAAUCAGCAAUUCCUUUAAAGGAAACAAUUUAUUGAAAUGGUUCAGGAACUGGGGAGAAGCUUGGGGUCUAUUACCAUCGCAGGAUGCCCUGGUAUUUAUCGACAACCAUGACACUCAACGGGAAAAUUCCGGAGUACUCACCUACAAGUCAUCGAGGUUGUACAAGAUGGCUGUCGCUUUCAUGCUGGCGCAUCCUUAUGGAAACCCACGUGUUAUGAGUUCCUUUGGCUUCGACAAUUUCAAUCAAGGUCCGCCUCAGGAUCUCAACGAAAACACCCUGUCUCCGAUCAUCUACUCCGAUAAUACCUGCGGCAACGGCUGGAUCUGCGAGCAUCGGUGGCGUCAGAUUUACAACAUGGUGCGUUUCCGAAAUGCCGCGAAUAAAACCAGCAUCGACAAUUGGUGGGACAAUGGCCAGAACCAAAUCGCCUUCUGUCGCGGAAAUAACGGAUUUAUCGCGAUCAAUGGUGACAACUAUGACAUGAAGCAGACUAUCUUUACUUGUCUGGAACCCGGUUAUUAUUGCGACGUCAUUUCUGGAGAUUUGAUAGACAACAAGUGUACCGGUAAGAUCGUGAAGGUGGAGGAAGAUAGAAAGGCUUACAUACAAAUUUUGACAUGGGAAGAAGACGGUGUACUCGCUAUUCAUAAAUGGUCCAAGUUACAAUAAUGAAGAUUUGAUCACACGAGAAAGA